AUGGGGAACAUUGAGAAGGAGAAACUUAACGAACUCGACGACGACACCGUGGUGGGGGCUGUGCGCGUUUUCAGCAACGAGACCACGCUACACGGGAUAAGAUACCUCAUCGGUCGUGGGCAUCUUCUUAUUCGUCUCUGCUGGUUAGCUAUCGUCGUUCUCGCUUUCGCCCUCCUCGUCAUGCAGGCGCAGAUUGUUUACCAAGAUUUCCGGAGCUCACCGUACUCGACCAAGAUCGACAUCGUUUCGGAGGUCGUAAAAACCUUCCCGGCAGUCACGGUGUGCAACGACAAUAAGAUACGGAGAUCGCAGCUUUACAACACGAAGUAUGAAGGCCUGAUCGACAUUGAUGACGGUGGUAGGUCGACGGAAGGGAGAAGCAGCACCAGGGACAAAUCAUCGGACAAUGUAUGGGCUUCGGUGAAAGAUGACUACGACUGGCAGGGCUUCUACUCGGCAUCGAGCGCCGACGACUUCAGCGACUUCAUCAACGUGGUCAAUCCAACCAAGGCCGAGCUCAAUGACUAUGGACACACACUUGAAGACUUCGUGAUCCAGUGCACUUACAAUCAGAAGUCGUGUAAUAUGAGCGCGGACUUUACGGUGUUACAGAAUCGGCACUACGGGAACUGUUUCACUUUCAAUUUUGGGGAUGGAGAUGACGAACCCCCAAGGGUGACCAGCAAGACCGGAGCUCUAAGUGGUAAUGUUGAAUGUUGUGGUUUACAUCUCAGUCUUAUGGUUGACGAAGAGGAGUAUAUGGGGCUUUUGGCGCCGAACCGAGGGGCAAUGGUCGUCAUCCAUGCUCCUAAUACGGUUCCAUUUCCCGAGGAUGACGGUAUCAACCUUGAGACUGGGAGCGCCAUCUCUAUCGGGAUACGAGAGGAAGUCAUACAGCGCCUUCCCAAGUUUUCCCAGUGCGUGGUUGAUAGGAAGAUUGGAACCAAUACUUCAAUCUCAGGGACCAAUUACACCGUACGCUGCUGUCUCAAGAUAUGUUACCAGCAAAGCCUGUUAGAAAGAUGUAGUUGUGUGGAUGAUAUACUCCUCCUCGACUACAGACAAUGCAGUGUUACCAACAAAAGUGAAGGUAAGUUCAACUGA